AUGAAGGCCUAUUGGUAUGACAACCUCGAUGGCGACCAGCGCCUGGCUCACGACUCAGGCAAGGAAGUCACCGUCGACCAGUUGAAGAAACUUGGUGUCGUUUACCACCGAAUCUCCGAUAUUAAUGGCGUGAAUCAACUUGCAGCUGAACGUGGGUACAGGAACAGGGAUGAGAUCAUCGUUUCACCGGAGAAGAUGGGCGACGUCUAUGAGGAGAAGGUCAAGUCGUUCUUCCACGAGCACCUCCACGAGGACGAGGAGAUUCGCUUUGUCCGCGAUGGGAAUGGUUACUUCGACGUAAGGAGCGUUGAUGACGCAUGGGUUCGCAUCCGCGUUGAAAAGGACGAUCUGAUUAUCUUGCCCGCUGGCAUUUACCACCGGUUCACCACCGAUGAAUCCAACUACAUUAAAGCCAUGAGGCUCUUCAAAGACGAGCCCAAGUGGACCCCCUUAAACAGAACUACGGAUUUGGAUGUGAACCCGCACAGAAAGGAAUACGUGCAGGAGUACCUCCAAGGCGAAUUCUCUGCUUGA